AACCUUGCAAGAUAUGAUUUUUCCUUUAGAUCAUGAGGAUGUUUCACUUAGAGGGCAACCAAAAGGUUUAUAUAUUGUGCUAAAUGAACGUGGAUUGUGGCGAGAAGGUCUUCUUAAAAAGU